AAGCCUCGCAUUUCCUCGACGGGUUCUCCCCUCAAUUCUCUUCCUUUCUCUGCGUCUUCCUCAGGUGGCUUCGUCACCGGUUUUUCUCCUCGCGUUCGUGCUCCGCUGUGUGUCCGGAGUGCCGCGACAGAUCGAGGGCGUUCUCCGCUUCCACCUUGCGGUUCCCAAUUUCGAUUUUUCUCCGUCACCAUGGGGCGCAUGUACGGUCCUGGAAAGGGCAUGUCUGCCAGCGCUCUCCCCUGGCGCAGAAAGCCCCCGACAUGGCUGAAAAUCAAGCCGUCGGACGUCGAAGAGCACAUUGCCAAGCUCGCAAAGAAGGGCCAGACCCCCUCCCAGAUCGGCGUCACACUGAGAGACUCCUUCGGAGUGCCGCAGGUUAAAUCCGUCACUGGCAACAAGAUCCUCCGUAUCCUCAAGCUCCAAGGUCUUGCCCCCGAGCUGCCUGAGGACUUGUACUACUUGAUCAAGAAAGCCGUGAGCGUGCGAAAGCACUUGGAGAGAAACAGGAAGGACAAGGACGCCAAGUUCCGUCUGAUUCUUGUUGAGUCUCGAAUUCACCGUCUUGCUCGCUACUACAAGCGCACAAAGCAGCUGCCUGCGACGUGGAAGUACCAGUCUGCCACUGCGUCGGCUCUGGUUGCGUAACUACUGAGAUUGUCAAAGGGGGAAAGGGGAGCGAUGCCCAACUGUCCAGAGUGAGAGGCAGAGAGGCGUGAGUGAGUCCUCUCUGGGCUUCCGGGGCGGUGAGGUUCCUGCGGAGUCGGUGCGUCGGUCUCGACUUCUAUUCUUGGAAACAGGAGAGGGAACGUCGAGCGCGCAGCAGUUCGUCUCCAACGUGGAGGACCGGACCGCCUCGACGCAAAGUUCAGAGACUCAGAACUCACGCAUGCCUUCAACUUUACUUCGAAACCUGUCGGAGACAC